UCGUCAUUGAUACUGUACUCUCCCGUCCUUGACUACGCGCAUUGUUCUCUUUACGCCUUCUCUUCUUCGGUCGUCUGCUCGGAAGUGGGCUCCGUCAUCUCCGCCGCCAAAACAACGCUUCGUUCGAUCGGUCUCGACUCUCGAACUCUCCGAUGCGGCCGGCCCGCGCGGCGUCGCCGGCGUCGCGCGGGGGAUGGGCGUUAUACGAGCUGUACAGAGCAGCGAGCCGCGCGGCGGCGCCGGGGGUCCUAUUGUGGCGGCGACUGCAAGGGCUGGAGCACCCGACGCGGUGGCCGGAGCGGCUAGGCCGGCCGUCUGCGGCGCGGCCUCGGCCGGGCUCUCCGCUCGUGUGGUUUCAUGCCGUAUCCCUCGGGGAGGGAAUGGCCGCGCUCCCCGUUGUCCGCCACUGCGUCCGCCUCCAUCCCGACCUCCCCGUGCUACUCACCACCACCACUCUCUCCUCGUUCGAAGUUAUCAAGGAUCUACUCCCUGAUGGUGUCAUAUAUCAGUUUGCUCCUCUUGACUGUCCUAAUGCGAUAGACAGUUUUAUUGGAUACUGGAAGCCAAGUUUGGUACUUCUUCUGGAAAGUGAACUCUGGCCAAACCUCAUUAUGUCUGCAGCAACAAAAGGGAUUGCAGUGGCGCUUUUAAACGCUCGCCUAUCAUUGAAAUCUUUCAACCACUGGUCGAUGCCUGUAGGGUUCCCAUUAGUUGCUCUGAUGCUCUCUAAACUAUCACUUGUUGUCCCAUUGAGUACUAUUCAGGCUGUUCGUUUUCAGCUGCUACAUACACCACCAGGGAUCAUACAUUUUGCUGGAGAUUUAAAAUAUGCUGUUGGAGAUGUUCAUGCCGGGGAGAAUCAGGUCAACGAAAUAAAUGAUCUACAACAGCAGUUUAGCAAUAGGCCCCUCUGGAUGGCUGCUUCUAUUCACAGAGGUGAAGAAGAAGUCAUCCUCCGCGUUCAUGAUGAGUUGGUCAAGAUGUAUCCUGCUCUACUACUAAUUCUUGUGCCAAGACAUCCUGAAGACUGCAAGAAUAUUUUCUUGGCACUAAAGAAAGAAAAGGUCAAUUUUGUGCUGAGGUCAACUAGGGAAGUGGUGUCUUCAACCACUAGGGUAUACAUGGUUGAUACUUUAGGGGAAUUAAGAAUGCUUUACAGGGUCACCCCAGUUGCAGUUAUUGGCGGUUCAUUUCUACCUGGCUUAGCCGGCCAUAAUAUUUCUGAGGCUGCUGCAGCUGGUUGUGCUGUUGUGACUGGACCCCACGUUGGACACUUCUACCAUAUGCUGGUUGAAAUGUGGCAAAUAAAUCCUUUAGCUGUCAAGCAGGUGUCAGGAGAAUUCGAACUUCUGCAAACACUAAAAGAACUGCUUGGUGAUGCUAGCACUCUGGGAGCACGUCAAAGAGCUGCAAAAAAUGCAUUUUCCAUUAUGUCGGAUGGAGUUGUGAACCGUGUAUGGAAUUUAGUCAGCAGGUUUGCCAUUGACUUCCAAACAGAUACGUGGAACAGUUGACUUAGUGGAGGCCUCUUCUUGUAAUAUCUGUGCUGCUGAUUUAUUGUAAGGACUGGAGUGGAAAUGCACAGGGAGACUGGCACCAGUGAUUGUGGCGUGCUGGUGACCUGGUGAGUGGUGACAAAGGACAAGAAUCUCAAAUUAAAGGAUACUAAGCUCACACAUAUCCACGUCAUCUGCUCGACUUGCUCCUGUCGGAAAUUUAAAUAUAUUCCAUAAAAAAAUCUCCGGGAUGUCUGUCAUCCUUUCAUAUCCUUGUGGCAUGGAUGUGCUGUAUAUUUUGUCAUUCCCUAGUGCCAGCCAGCAGAUGAUCAUUUGCAGUGCCUUUCCUUUUACAAAAUUUGCACACUCAAGGCUCCAGGAAUUUCAAGGAGCAUGUCAAUUGUAGUGUUAGAUGUGAACUGUUAAAUGCAUAUGAUUUUUCAGACGUGAUAUGUGUGAUUGAUAUCCUUUUC